GCGCGGGCGGCGGUGGCCUUAAGGGCGGCGGCAGCGCCGGGUGUCUCAGUCGGCCAGUCAGCCGGCUGGGAGGCGCGGUCCGGCGCUCGCGCGGCGACGACGACGACGACGGCUAUGGCGGCGGAGGAGGAGGAGGUGGACUCGGCGGACACCUGCGAGAGGUCAGGAUGGCUAACUGGUUGGCUUCCCACCUGGUGCCCUACAUCUACAUCACACCUUAAAGAAGCUGAAGAGAAAAUUUUAAAAUGUGUCCCCUGCACAUACAAGAAAGAACCUGUUUGUAUAUCGAAUGGGAAUAAGAUAUGGACACUGAAGUUCUCUCACAAUAUUUCAAACAAGACUCCACUUGUCCUCCUCCAUGGUUUUGGAGGAGGUCUUGGACUCUGGGCACUGAAUUAUGGAGAUCUUUGCAACGAUAGACCCAUCUAUGCCUUUGACCUGUUGGGCUUUGGACGAAGUAGCAGGCCCAGGUUUGACAGUGAUGCGGAAGAAGUGGAGAAUCAGUUUGUGGAAUCCAUCGAAGAGUGGAGACGUGCCCUGGGAUUGGACAAAAUGAUCUUGCUUGGACACAACCUGGGUGGGUUCUUGGCUGCUGCUUACUCACUGAAGUACCCCUCAAGGGUUAAUCAUCUCAUUUUAGUGGAGCCUUGGGGUUUUCCUGAGCGGCCGGACCUUGCCGAUCAAGACAGGCCAAUCCCAGUGUGGAUCAGAGCCUUGGGAGCAGCGCUGACUCCCUUUAACCCUUUGGCUGGCCUCAGGAUCGCAGGCCCCUUCGGCCUAAGUCUCGUGCAGCGUUUAAGGCCUGACUUCAAGCGGAAGUAUUCUUCAAUGUUUGACGAUGACACUGUGACAGAGUACAUCUACCACUGCAACGUGCAGACUCCAAGGCCAUUCUCGGGGCGGGGCAUUAUGUGUAUGCAGAUCAACCGGAAGACUUCAACCAGAAGGUCAAGGAGAUCUGUGAGACCGUCGACUGAGCGUACUGGCGGGGACGUGGGGCAGCCUGCAGACCGAUUCGGUGCCUCCGCGAUAGUGCACAGUCCACCAUGCAGAGUAAGGACUACAGCAGAAGACCAAGCGGUCUUCUCGACUGUCCUUCGCACACACCUUCUUUGUGGAGUUGCCUGCACAUUUAAAUCAGUUAGUGCCUUCUAGAAGAAUGGCUUUCCUUUCUCCUAUGCAAAAUCAAAAUAUUCAAGAGUCUCCAAACCUAAUAGCUUUAAUAAAAGGUUAUCUGUCCCUCUGCUGUACUGACAGAUUGUCACUUUUCACUGAAAUGUAAUUACUUUCUAUCUAGCUUCGUUGUGUCUAGUACUUUUUAUAUUUCAGUCUGUGUUGCCAAUUAAAAACGUGACUACUGGGUCUAUAAUUUUAUAUCCUGGAAAGGUGCACUUUAUUUUCUUUGCUUGUAUUUACCAUGUCUAAUGACUGAUCUAGGUAAUCACAAUUUUGUGUAAAAAUCGAUCAGUUGUUUAGAGUCCUCCACUUUGUUUUUGAAAUGGAGUGCUGAUGAAACAGAUUUUGGUUUAAAAAGAUGGGACUUGAUCACCAGCAUUAAUUUCUGUGCUUUUCCUCUGUCCUCUAUGUAAGGCUGCAAAGCCAUGGUCAACAUCUUAAAUGUGGCUCAUCCGGAUGUAUCUCAACAACAUAAUUCCUUGAACUCUUUUAUAUCUGGUAUGAUUGUGUACUUACAGGGAAACACGACAUUAAUACUUAAGUGACUUAAGUACUGCACAGCCCUAGCUAGAAGUCUGUCCUUUCUUCCCCGUUAAUACUCUUUUCUGUGAGCCAGCUGCAGCAGAAGGAAGAGACUUCCUUCUGAGGGGAUACUAAGACUGUUACCUUCCGGUAAGCCAUCAUGCGUUGUCAUUAACCUCUAACUCUUGUAGAUGGUGCUAAGACGGGAUUACGUUUUAACCACUGAAAUAGACAAACAGGUGGUGCUCUUAUGUCCCAAGGCACCAGAAGGAGAUGGCACUAGGUGGUUGGGGUUCUUUGGUUUUCAUUUUUGAGGUUUGUGUUGAUGAAAUGAUGCACAUACUUGAAGUUAUAUUAUAAAAACUGUACAAGGUUGAUGGAACUAUUUGACCAUAACUACCAUCAAGUAUAACACUUUGUCGCUGUUUUAAAACGAGGAGAACUUUGAAACUGUGAAAAUUACCAUGUGGUAACUGGCUGCUGAGAAGACGCUCCAAAAGAGAAAGUGGAAUAGGAUUGUGAGCAGCAAGGCAUCUUGGCCUUACGUUCCAGUAACAUUGCUUGUCUGGGAGAAAGGUGGUUGUAUAAAUAAAAACAGUGAACUAGAGCAAAGAAAGGUUUAAUGGUUUUGACUGUUACCUUUUUUAAAUGGUUAAUUGGGAAAUCUAUAGUUAAGAAACGUAAGGUUGUAUCCUGUUGAUUAACUGCCAGGAAGACCGAAUGUUCUGUUUUCAACAUUACCUUCCCUACUAAGGAAAAGGCAAAUUGUACUGAAGCACGACAGAUAGUUCCCAGCGAACAGUUUGUCUCACUUGGCACCCAAACUAGCUUACGGCCAAAGGUAACACGAGAGCCCAGGCACGCUGCCCGAGCUCUCUGCCUGAUGAACAAAAGUAGUCCGUACUUUGCAGUUAGUGUCUCUGAGGGCUAGCUCCAAACCUUUAAGUGGUACAGAUAAUUUGGGGACUGUUUUUGCGUUUUUGACACGCUCUGCAGUCUCUCUUAAUUGGGCAAAUGACAGUUUUCAUUUCAUUUCAUUUCAUUCAUGGUGCAGGAGGAUCUCUGUGAAGGAAACUUGGUCCCAACCCUUGGAGGGAAGCUACUAGUUCACUUAGCAAGUGGAGUUUCUGGCCACGACAUGCCAGGUGAUUCGGGGGAAAGAUGUACCCAGAUGUCAGGUGGAACUUAUUUUCCUGCUAACUGAUUUUGCUUUAUUUGAAAAAUAUUGUCAGACUUCUUAAAAGUUGAAUUUUCCCUUAGUUUGUACAACAUGUAACCUUGUGAAAAUUGAGCGAGCAGAGACGGCCACGGUCCUCAAAAUUCCUGAGAAUAUAGUGGGUGCUAAAUGUUUUCUUAAAAAAUCCUAUUACAGUAUUUGAUCUUUGCUAAAUUAUGCACAGUGUACUUUAACUGUAUUUUACAGAAUAAAUUUUACUGUGAUAGUUGCACAAA